AUGCCUCACUCUGUCUCCCCUGCGAAUUCUGGAACGCCUGACCAGGUUCAGGACGAUAUGGUUGUUGAACCUCAACCACAAGCAGAAAAUGGCGAAACUCAAAAUACAGCAAGUCCAGAAAUUCCAGUGGUUGUAAAUACCGAACCGGAAAAUGGUAGUACCCAGGGAGACGAGGUCGCAGAUCAAGACAUGGCAAUGGAAGACGUCGGAGUUCAAGGAGAGAAAGUACUGGAAUCUGCAGUCAAGGAGGAAAGCAAGUCAGAAGUGAAACUUGAGGAUCUUUUUGCAGACGUUGAAUCGGACGAGGAGUUCCCCAGCUCAGCUGCCCUGAACGUGAAACCCUCCAGCCCUCCCGAGGCCCCUUCAUCUCCAGUACAUGUUGGUCCUGCUUCAAAACCGUCAGAUUCGGAUGUGAUGCGAUCUUUUUACCAGCGAUUAUUCCCCUGGCGACACCUUUUCCAAUGGCUGAACCAUUCUCCCACUCCUUCGACAGAUUUUGGCCACCGCGAGUUUGCGUUCACGUUGCAAAACGACGCAUACCUUCGAUACCAAUCAUUUCCAACUUCAGAUCUAUUUGAUAGCCUCCGGAAAGAUGUCCUCCGUCUUAUGCCAUCCCGAUUCGAAAUUGGCCCAGUUUACACAACGAAUCCACGAGAUCGAAAAACACUUCGAAAGUCAUCUGCAUUCAAACCUCUUGCCAAAGAGAUAUGCUUCGAUAUAGAUUUGACAGAUUACGACGACAUUCGAACAUGUUGUGACAAAGCCAAUAUUUGCAACAAAUGUUGGCAAUUUAUCACGAUGGCUGUAAAGGUCAUAGACGUUGCUCUACGAGAUGAUUUUGGCUUCAAGCAUAUCCUGUGGGUCUAUUCAGGUCGAAGAGGUGCUCACGCCUGGGUUUGUGAUAAGAAGGCUAGAUUCCUAGAUGAUCAGAAGAGAAGGGCAAUUGCGGGGUACCUAGAGGUAAUAAAAGGAGGAGCCCAGAGCGGUAAGAGAGUCAACGUGAAGAGGCCAUUGCACCCGCAUGUAGCACGGAGUCUCGAGGUCCUAAAGUCACAUUUUCAAACUGACAUUCUUCACGAUCAAGAUCCCUGGGAAACAGAUGAGAAAUUCGACCGACUUCUUCAACUCCUUCCCGACAAAGCCUUGAACGAAGCACUUCGGAAAAAGUGGAGUUCCGCGCCUGGCCGGGCAUCUACUUCGAAAUGGGCAGAUAUUGAUGCUCUAGCAAAGUCCGGGGCAAGCAAAACCUUGGAUGCGAAGGCACUACUGGAGGCAAAGCAAGACAUCGUUCUCGAGUACACGUACCCUCGACUCGAUAUUGAAGUCAGCAAGCAUCUGAACCAUCUUCUCAAAAGUCCUUUUGUGGUACAUCCUGGAACCGGUAGAGUUUGUGUGCCGAUCAACACGAAAGAUCUUGAAAGCUUUGAUCCACUGGAGGUUCCGACUGUAACGGAACUUCUGGGUGAGAUUGAUGAAUGGACUCCGGAGGGAGAGAAAGAGGGAAAGGCUGUUCAGGACUGGGAGAAGACGAGCUUGAAGCCUUACGUGGAGUACUUGAGGUCUUUUGUCGUGGCUCUGAUGAAGGAUGAGAAAGAUGUUAAAGUCAAGAGGGAGCGGGAAGAGAACACUGCUGAUGCUAUGGAGUUUUAA